AAAGGAAAAAAUAUGUGUAAACAAAUUUAUUAUUCAUCACAGUUUAAAAAAUCAUUAAUCGCUGGAAUCUUUCGAGUUUUUUCUCAUUCUAAAAUUCAAGUAAAAACUUUCCUGUAGAAACUGCAUGACUUACUUUUAUACAUAGAAAGUCACUACAAUGGGCAGAAUUCCAAUACGUUACGUCAUGGAAAACUACACAGACAUUUAUUGCAACAGCACCUGUUUGGACGAAGACGUCAUCGUUAUGGAAGAAGAUUACUCGACUUGUGCCACCAUUGUUAUCAGCGUAGUAUUGGGUACUAUAAUUGUGUUUACAACAAUCGGUAACUCCCUGGUGUGUGCGUCGGUAUUUUGUGUUAAGAAAUUACGAAGGCCUCCAAAUUUCCUCCUGGUGUCUCUUGCCGUUUCCGAUCUCUGUGUGGCACUACUGGUCAUGCCUCUUGCUCUUCACUACGAGCUCUCUGGAGAUUGGAGAUUGGGUGACACCAUCUGUGAUAUGUGGAUAGCUUUCGACAUGACGUGUUGCACGGCCUCCAUCCUUAAUCUUUGCAUGAUUAGCAUAGAUAGAUACCUGGCCAUUACCAAACCAUUGACUUAUGGUGUGCGCACGAGGGCCAGGCGUACUUGGAUCUCCAUCGCUGCCACUUGGAUGAUGUCGUGUUUGGUAAGUAUUCCACCUCUACUUAUUUUAGGAAACGAUCACGGAUCAGAAUUGAUGCCGAGUUGUGAAAUCAAUCAGAAUUUUGCUUACCAAUUGUACGCCACGUUUGGAGCAUUCUACAUCCCUCUUCUGGUCAUGGUCGUCAUGUAUUGUAAAAUUUACGUAGCAGCGAAGAGAGUGGUGGAAGCCGAAAAGGGUACUUUAAGGAAACAAACCGGGCUAUUGUCAGUUUGCUGGAACAGCAGCAUAGAUCGUAAAGAGAUGUUAUUGGAGCUUAAAAAUCGCAGUCAGUUAAAUUUAUGUCCUCUCCCCGACAGUAACGAAUCUGUUAUGUUUAGAACACCAGAAAGAUAUCAAUUGUGUACCGUAAACAUGGACGAGAACGGUGGUAGAACAUCGAACGUAUUGUGGAAAAAGAAAAAUAAAGCCACUAGGAGGGCCAUAAUCUUAAAAGAACGUAAGGCAUCGAUAACACUCGGCAUUAUCGUGACUGCCUUUACUGUAUGUUGGUUGCCUUUCUUUGUAGUGGCACUCAUGAGAUCCUUACUCAAACCCACUAUUUCUGUACCCAGAUUUAUACGUAGUUUCGUCCUAUGGUUGGGAUACGCCAACUCCAUGUUGAACCCAAUUAUUUACAUGACCUUCCAUCAAGAUUUUCGAAGAUCUUUUAAAGAGAUCUUAUUAUUUCGAUGUUCUACUGUUAACAAAAGAUUUCGGGAACAAGCGUAUCGGUCGCAAUACGGUGACCCUAUUUAUAGGUUGGGAUAUAGUUUCAGACAACAAGGAAUUGCACCUUCGGUGCCAUAAAUUGCACACUAAUGUUGUUAUUUGAUACGGCAUGCGUGUUAUAUUGUGCACUAGCGGCACAAAUAUCCAUAUUUCUCUAAUGUUUCCGUGUAUUCGUCACGAUACCAAAUCUCGAAUUUAUGAUUAAUGUAAUUUUUGUGUCACGUUUUAAAAGCAAGAAUACAAAAAAUUAUAUAUAUAUAUUAAUAUAUACACACACACAUACAUAUAUAAUAAAUGGUA